AUGAAGAGCGGACAAGUGACAAACUGGACUGUGAAACAGCCAGGAAAAGUAACCCCGCCGACGUGUAAUGACUAUGAGUCAUGGACGUUUGUGCAGCUACGAAAAGAGUGCACACAGCGGAAACUUCGGCUGGUCAGAACGACCAGCAAGCAAGACCAGAUUUGCCGUCUACGGGCGUAUGAUGCUGCAAAGCGUGCGGUUCAGGGCACAGUGGAUGGAGAAAUUCGGUUUGACCCCAGUCUACGGAAGACUAAGCACUGUUUCGUUCGACUCCUGAACAUUAUCUUCUCAGAUCAUUUUGCCGAGGGUCUUGCCCGUUCUGAUGACACUGUUACACGCGACCAGCUUGAUGCUGGUAAGGUGAACGCGAAGACCGUGCUUUGGAAAGAUUUUGGGGUCGAGUUUCGUGAGAACAAGACAGACUACAACAACCUAUUCCAAGAAGCUGAUGAAAGCCCGCGCUUUACGGGCAUUGACCCUCGUCAUCGUGCCACACAACGAUGCGAGGCUCUACGACAUAACUCGAACGAGUCCUACGACUUUUGUGAUGGCAAUUUAGAUGCUGUCUACCUCAAAAUUUGCACUCGCAUCAAACCGAAACUGACAGACUUUGUAAACGGUGGUAUGUAUCCAGAGGAUGAAAUCGACUCAUUGGAGAUUUCUGCCUCUCGAAAGGCUGCGCCAACUAACAAGCCUGCAAAAUGGCAAGACCAAGUACUCAAGACUACCAAUCGGAUGGCUAACUUAAAGGUUGGACCACCCACCUCUGCUGCUGCCUCCUCAGCCAGCGUUACGCAGACGGAAAACAAAGAUGAAGACCAGCUCAUUGAUCGUAUUGCAAAAUUUCACCAACUAAUCGAGCAGGUUAAGCAGAACCAGCGCAAGGCUGAGUUAGCUGGAGAAAAUGACAUUUCGCUAGCCGCCAGUCUUCUGAAGUACCAAAAACGUUUGCAGCGCUGCGAGGAUCAGCAGGAUGCUAUGGACUAA